AUGGACAAACCCCAUCCACUGAGCUGCAGCACUCUCAUACCAAACCUACCUGGCAGGCUCAUCAUGCUCAGAUCACACACAGUCCAAAGACUCAUCUUCUGCACGCUGCUGCUCCUCGUCUUCAGCUCAGGGGAGACCCGGCCUCACGUGGCCCAAGAACCUGAUGUGGACGGCCAGAGGGAAAUGCUUCUGGAAGCAGUAAAGACGGGGAUCCUCGGCUCGUUGGGUCUGGAAAGGGAGCCCAGGCCAACCCAAAAGGCCACGAAGGAAGAGCUGAGAGAGAUGUAUCAGCUGUACAGGGAGAAAGUGACGGAGACAAGAGGAAACUCCAGCCACCCGAUGAGGGAAACCCGGCAAUCCACCAUGUCCACGGUGCUCCUCCCAGCUACAGGUGAGAUAUUUGUUAGACGGGGGGGACACUCACAUCAACAUUCAGGUCAACGCAUGCAGUGGUACAGAGCUGUUUUCCACAAGAACCCCGACAUCCAGACUGAAGUGACACUAGCUCGAGCUGAGCUGAAGAUUUCUAGGCAGAUUUCAGAUAAACCCACUUCAGUUCAGCCUGAGGUAAGACGACAGAUUAAAGUCAGAGUCAACAGGGUGAAGCCGGUGAACUCUGCCGCAUGGACACACAUAAACUCCGCCAAUGUGUCAAGCACUCGAGAUGUGAUGCUGGACAUCAGUCCCGAGGUGGAGAAGUGGAUGAGGACUGAUGGUGGUGAGGCAUUGGUUGUGGAUGUUGAGAUAGUAGUAGCUGAAAAAGACGCUCUUACUGCAAAACCAAUCAUUUCUCUAGAACUCGGCCUCACAGAGCCCAGUCAAGCCCAGAAGACGAGGCUGCGUCGCUCCAACAAGGAAGACGAGUGCGAUGAACGAGGAUGGUGCUGCCGGAAGUCUGUCACCGUCUCCUUCAAAGACAUCGGCUGGACAGACUGGGUGGUGGCUCCAAGUGAGUACACAAUGCAUUUCUGUGAUGGCACCUGUCCCCACAACUACAAGCCUGCGAGCAUGCACACGCAGGUGAAGUCUCGGCUGCAUCAGAUAACCAAAGGAGGGUCACCUCGCCCCUGCUGCGUGCCGGCAGAGUACGAGCCCAUGGUCCUCAUGCACUACGACAGCGCAGGCAAGCUGAAGCUGACUCCUUUUGAGGACCUGAUUGUCAGUAAAUGCCACUGUGCCUGAGGAAAUGUGCCUUUUUUAACUUGUGGGAGAGCAUAGCUGCAAAAAAUUUGUUACAUGCUGAUUGUGUUCUCACAGGAACGUUGUGUCCCAGCAGCUUCAUUGUUUUUAAUUAAUGAAAAUGAUUUAUUAUUUCUUUAUUCUGAAGAAAAACACAUGCUUCUGCUGCACUAAGUUUUGUUUUACAUUGUGGAUCGUGCAGUAGAUUUGUUCACUUUAUUUAUUUUAUCUAUUUAUGGUCCUAUACGUAUAUUUAUG